AUGGCAAAGAAGGAUAAGAAAACCAAGGAAGCCAAAAAGGCUCGUGCUGCCGAAAAGCAAAAGAAAAACUUGUCCAAAGCCGAAAUUAAAAAUAAGAAGUUGGCGAAGAGGCAGGGCGAUGAAGAGGAGGAAGAUGAGGACAUCGACACCAUUUUAGCUAAUUACGCCAAAGAACAAGAAGCAUUUACUGAAGUUAAAGUUGAAGUAUGCAAGCACCACCCACACAGGAGACUAAAUCCAACCAUGGUUGCUUCUCCUUUACACAAUAAACGAGAAAUCAUUUUAUUCGGUGGUGAGUCAAGCGACGGUAAAACAUCACAUUUCCAUAAUGAUUUAUUCACUUAUUCGAUUGACAAUGAUACUUGGAGAAAAUUCACUUCUAAAAAUGCACCAUUGCCUCGAUCUUCGCAUGCCAUGUGUGCGCAUCCGUCUGGUAUUGUCUUGAUGUUUGGUGGAGAAUUUUCGUCACCUAAACAAUCAACAUUUUAUCACUAUGGAGAUACUUGGAUCUUGGACGCAGAUACCAAGGAAUGGCAAAAGAUUGAUGCAAAGAAGGGGCCCUCAGCAAGAUCGGGCCAUCGAUUAGCGGUGUGGAAAAAUUUCAUCAUUCUUCAUGGUGGAUUCCGUGAUUUGGGCACAAUGACUACAUAUCUCAACGAUAUAUGGGUAUUUGACGUUACUGAAUUCAAAUGGCAACAAGUUGAAUUCCCUCCUAAUCAUCCAAUACCGGAUGCCAGAUCGGGACACUCGUUUAUUCCGUGUGCAGAUGGUGUUGUAUUAUACGGUGGAUAUACCAAGGUGAAGGCAGGUAAAGGUCUACAAAAGGGUAAAGUAUUGAGUGAUUGUUGGAUCUUGAAAAUGAAGAGUGAUCCCAAGGGAAUCAGGUUUGAACGAAGGAAGCGACAGGGUGUUUUACCACUGCCUCGUGUUGGUUGUUCAUUGGUUUAUCAUAAAAAUAGAGGUAUUUUAUUUGGAGGGGUGUACGAUUACGAUGAGAGCGAAGAGCAGUUGGACUCUGAAUUUUUCAACCAGUUGUACAGCUAUCAAAUUGAUAGUAAUAGGUGGUACAACUUGGCCUUGAGACCGCAAAGGAAAAAGAAAGAGGCCAUAAAGGAAAAAUCAAGAGAUGAGGAUUUGGAAGAUAUAUUGAACUCCAUAUUGGCUAAAUCAAACUUGAACGAUGACGAUGACGAUGAUGAUGCUGAGUUGGAUAAAUUGAAGGAUGCAGAACUGAAGGAAGAAGAGGAAGAGAAGAAGGACGUCGUUGAGUAUCCUGUUAUGAACCAAUUACCGCAUCCACGUUUCAAUGCAACAACAUGUGUUGUUGAUGACGUUUUCUACAUUUUUGGUGGUAUUUUUGAACGGGGCGAGCAGGAGUUCAGUUUAGAUUCAUUCUAUGCCAUUGAUUUGGGUAAAUUAGAUGGUGUCAAAGUGUUUUGGGAAGAUUUGUCUGAGUUAGAGAAGGCCGCUGAAGAAUCAGAUGAUGAGGAUGAAGACGACGAUUUUGAAUAUGAAGAUGAAGAGAUGGACAAUGAUGUAGACGAAGAAGGAGAAGAGGAAGAAGAGGUGGAGCAAGCUGAAAGGGAAGAAGAAGAAGAAUUCCCAGACCCAAGGCCAUGGUUACCACACCCCAAACCGUUUGAAUCUCUUCGUGUAUUCUAUGUCAGAACAGGUGCUGCAUUCUUGGAGUGGUCUAUAUCAAGUCAUCGCGAAGCACGUGGAAAGUAUUUGAAGAAGGUUGCAUUUGAAUUGUGUGAGGAUAGGUAUUGGGAGAGAAGACAGGCAGUUGCUGUUGCUGAAGACAAUUUGGAGGAAAUGGGUGGUGUUGGUGAAGUUAUAGAAAAGGACAAUACAAAGACAACAAAGAGGAGGUGA